AUGCCUCCUAAAAGAUGCACUCCAAACUCAAAAAAGAGGCUGGUCAAACCUAAGGUGGAUUCCUCGGAACAUCUUAGCAAUUACGAAUUAAACGUGAAACUUCGCGCUUUGAAAAAGCGUGCUGCCGAGUUGGAUAAGCAGAUUGCUGAACUGAAGGCAAAAGGUGUAACAGAAGAUCUCAAACCUGAGAUGCAAGCUUUGCAUGAGUACAAUGAAACAAAGGAUGCCACUCAAGCUGUAUUCGGGUAUUUAGCUAAUGUAAAUUGUGUUACUGUGACUCAAUUAUAUAAACAGUACAAUUUACCAUUGGACUCUACUGAGGAAUAA